AUGGCAGAUAAUCAGUGGAUGUAUAGUGGGUUUUUCCAUCGGAAUCAAGUAACAACAGAGUGGGUCGAGAAAACUGAUGUGUUUUUGAAAGAGACAUUCCGUAGUCCAAUGAGGAUGGUGCCAGAAUGCCCGUGUGCCAAAUGUAAGAGACGUAUCUGCAGAGAUAAGAGUGAGAUGACUAAGCACCUUCGCACGCAUGGAUUUAUGCCCAACUUUAAUAUGCCGAUAAGCUUUGCCCAGCGGGACCGUGGUAGAGAGGAGGUGAUACAACAAAGCGUCGCUGGUUAUGAGGACGAUGGGGUUAGAGACAUGCUAGAUGAUGUCUUUGCUGCACAACCGACACCUCUGUCAAAUUCAGCGAAUGAACCGGAGAAGCCAGAGGAAACCGCAAAGGCCUUCCUGGAUAUCUUGGCCUCGUCAAAGAAACCUCUUUAUGAGGGUGUCAAGCUAUCUGUGCUGGAUGCCAUCUCGCAACUGAUGGCAGUCAAGGCUGAGUACGGCUGUAGCCGAGGUUUCUUCGAAGCAUUUCUGGGAGUAUGGGCUAACAGCCUGCCUGAGGGCCAUGAACUGCCGAAAACCAUGUACGCUACAAAGAAAAUCAUGAAGGCGCUCUCCAUGGACUAUGAGAAAAUACAUGUUUGUCCAAAGAAUUGCCUUUUGUUUAGGCAUGAUUAUGCGGAUGACAACUACUGUAGGAAGUGCGGUUCCUCUCGGUAUAUUGAGGCGGUCGAUGAGCAUGGUCAGAAGCGGCAGCUAAAAAUCCCUUUGAAGGUUCUUCGGUAUCUUGAUUUUAUAAAAAUACUGCAGUGCCUUUUCAUCACCGAGGAGUCUGUCAAAAUGAUGAAGUGGCACAAGGAAGGCAAAAGGUACAAUCCAAAAAAAAUUGUACAUCCAUCAGAAGGUGAAGCAUGGAAGUCAUUCGAUAUAGAGUACCCGGAGGAAGCAGCCGAGGCUGGGAAUGUCAGAAUUGCUAUAACAGGUGAUGGGUUCAAUCCAUAUGGUAUGUCCUCUAAUCCAUACAGCUGCUGGCCCAUAUUUGCUAUUCCGCUCAAUCUCCCUCCCGGCACCAUAAUGCAACGCAAGACCAUGUUUCUGUCGCUUAUAAUUCCGGGGCCUGAAUAUCCGGGGAAGAAUUUGAGUGUGUUUAUGCAGCCGUUGGUGGAUGAUUUGCACCAUUCUUGGUACUUCCCGAGGUUGACAUACGACCGGCAUCUGUAG